AUGCCGGACAAUCCAUCGUUGAAGUCAUCCCUUCCAUCGCUGCUCUUGCCACGCUUCACGGAUAACGCGCUGCUAGGCAUCCCACGCGAGCUUCACUUACAGACUAUGGACGCAGAACUGGACGUGUUGGAGCUCACUCUUUGUCGAGCACGUCAGAUGCGCAACAGGAAGUCCGUGGUCUGUAAUCUUCCGCCUGAGAUCCUCAUAUACGUGUUUGCCAACCUCCAGCUAAUAUGGCGACCACGAAUGAAAGAGUAUACGGCCUCCAGACGCGUUUAUGACCUUGGUUGGAUGUACAUUACUCAGGUUUGCAGCUUAUGGAGAGAGGUUGCAAUUGGAUCUCCUUCGUUGUGGUCAUGGUCGUCAUUCCACGUCCUCGAUUUUCCUCACCAGUUUAUCUCGCUCAUAUUGCCCCGUUUGCGCUCGAAGCUAUUGGACAUUGAGAUACACUGGGAAGGCACUACUGACGAUCUAAUGGAAGAUCCUGGCUUAGACUCAUGGUUGUCUACGGCCCUCUUCCGACGCGCUAGACGUAUAAAUAUCACGGGAACACCGGAACUUAUCGACGCUAUUGGCGCCCGCCUUCCUCCACCAGAAGAGAUGAGCUCCUUGCGAGAGCUUGAGAUAUUCCCUUGGGACUAUGGAGACGAUAUCGAGAUACCUGCACCUUUACGCCUUCUCAGUGACGUCUCAACACUAUCGUUGAACGACUGCCAAGUGCCAUGGCGAUCACCUAUCAUUUCACCGAGGCUUACGCAUCUUCAGCUAGUGCACAGAGAUGGUGGGAGCCGCUCGUCGUAUCAUGAUCUUCGCGUAGCUCUGGUCAGCCUUGAUAUGCUCGAAGAACUUGACAUCGGAAAACUAUCUCCGUUCGAUUCGAUCGGAACCGAUCUUCCUCCCAUUGUAUUGCCACAAUCUCUACGACGGCUCAUUCUCACAAUCGAUGAUGAGGAGUAUCCCAUGGAAGGCCUCGUCUUCCUGUCUCUCCUGCAUCCUCCCUCUGGAUGCUCUUGUGACUACGUCAUCGACGGUCUUCCCAAGGAAACUGCUGUCGCGACCCGUGUUGAUGACAUCUUAUGUCAACUACUAAGACUAUUCACCAACCUUUCUCUCCGGAAUAAUGAAGCACAGCACUGGUCGUUGGCUGAUUCGUCCAUGCACCUUGUCUCCACCCGGAUCCAACCAUCAUCGCCAGCGAAUGGGUGGGAGCAUUGGAAAACGGAUCCCCAGACGGUCACCUCCAGUCUGAGAGUGUACGCAAACAUGUCGGGGCCUGGAAUUCUAUCGCGCUCUGGGCUUCUAUCGCGCUUUCAAAACGACAGCAGGAAAUACAUGUCCAGCCUAGAUGUUGGCCGUCUCCAUAGUAUAUCACUCGACACCAAGUUUAUAUCAUUGCUUGCAAUUCACGGUCUCUGGUUGCCCUUGCUCGAAAGCGCGCAAAGCAUCCGACGAAUCGGCGUGGUUAACGUCGAAGAAGACUCAGACAGCGGCCCCCUCCCCCAAUUGUGCUUACUCGAUGCGCUUCAACGCACCUAUACAGCCAGGCCGCCAGAAACGCCGCGCGUAUUGGUACCGCACCUCGAAGUGCUAGCUCUCAACCUCUUGCAGGACGAAAUGCAGUACAGCGUUUUGAUCGCAAGCCUUCUCAGCCUGUCGCAGGUCAGGCACCAGCUUGGAAUACCCAUACGCGAAUUGGUGGUGCCGCAAGAAGUCAGACAUUGGGCAGUGUGGAGUUCGCUGCAGGGGUCCGUGAGGGUGACAUUCAUUGAGUAUCCUUCGCGUCACUCGCUCGCGUCUCCCGUUAUGCCCCAGCCAAUACCCAUCAGAUGA